UGGCACUUAUUCAGAAGAAAAGCUCAAGUUAAACGCGCUGUUAUCUCGAAAGCUUUUGAAAGUAAAUGUUUAUAAUCAAAUAAAUCUUGGUUCAACCAUUUCCAAUUCAUUUGGUGGCAAUCAAACCCUUCAGUUCGUUUUUCCAGUGCAAAUCGCAACAAUUACAAGGAAGGGAUAUACAAUUUCGAAACAUGUUUCACAUUAAACCACACGAGAAUGCCGCUGAUGCUCUCGUAAAACGUCAAAGGAUGAAAAUGCUAAAAAUGUCUACUAAUGGAGAUUUUAUACCCUUAAAAUGGAAUUGGGCCGAAACUUGGUGCUCUGUGCCUGGUAGCUUUGAAGAAUAUUUUCAACGAAUUUACAAUUUCCAAGUAAAGUCUGAUGACAUCUUCAUAUCGACAUUUCCCAAAUGUGGUACAACUUGGAUACAGGAAGCCACUUGGUUGUUGCUGAAUAAUUUGGACUAUGAAACGGCUAAUAGAAUCCAUCUCGUAGAUCGCAGCGUAUAUAUGGAUUUGAGCCUGCUAUAUGACACCUUCCAUGACGAUAGCAUCACAGCGGCCAUGCAGUUGAAGUCACCGCGUUGCAUUAAAUCUCAUCUGCCAGCGCAUUUGCUACCUCAUCAAAUUUGGCAGAAGAGAGUGAAGUUGGUUUACUGCGCUCGCAACCCAAAAGAUGUCGUUUUGUCUUACGGCCAUUUUCUGCGCAGCAAAGGUGCCUACGGUGGCAGUAUGCAGGAAUUCAUCGAUGACUUCUUAAAUGCAGAAUCGGCAUACACACCUUUUUGGCCGCAUGUAUUUACCAUGUGGCAAAUGCGCUCAGAGUCGAAUGUAUUUUUUACCACUUUUGAAGAAAUGAAACGCGAUUUGAGGGGCGUAAUAAAACGAUUGAAUGAAUUCUUAGAGAAACCAAACUUGAGUGAAGCGCAAAUGGAGAAACUGUUAAAUCAUCUGUCGUUCGAAAAUAUGAGAGCAAAUCAGCAGGUGAAUCCCACUAAAAUAAUUAAAAAUACGGAUGAUCGUUCCAACGUUGAAGCCGAUUUCCAAUUCAUGCGUCGUGGCAUAGUUGGCAGCUACAAAGACGAAUUGUCUGAAACGAAUCAACGGCGCUUGAAUGAAUGGUCAGCACAGUUCUUGCAAGAAUUUAAUGUGACUGCAGCUGAUAUUUUUGGCGGUUUCUAGAUUUUUUUUUCAUUAAUGGAAAGAGGAUAUUUUUGAUGUGAUAACGUCUUAUAAUUCGAUUUAGCCGGCUGCACGCACGAAAAAAUGUGUCGUUACCUUGCUCAUUUGUCGUUACCUUGCUCAUUAGUGUUACCUUCCUCAUUAGUGUUACCUUGCUCAUUUGUCGUUACCUUGCUCAUUUGUCGUUACCUCGCUCAUUGCCGUUACCUUGAAUGAACUGCAAGCGAAAGCGCGGAACGAACAAAGCAAACGAACGGCAACGUUCGACAUCUUGCUCUCUCCUACUUAAGUGAGCGUAUAUAUGUAUGUAUAUGCGCAUAUGUACAUAUAUAAAUUCACGUAUUUGUAUUUGCAUAUGCCUUCUUAUUGAUUAUUAUUAAUUUGAUUUACUUGAAGAAUUUAAAAUAAAACCAAGUUUGUUAAUAA